AUGUGGUGGCACGGCCCUAGCUUCAUACUCAACCAGCCUACAAAAUGGCCUAACACAGAUAUGGACUUCAGCGCUAAAACCAUUCCACCUAAGGAAGCGCAAGAAGAAUUCAAGUCCGUAAUAAACACAUCCAUUGACACUUAUAAAUCGUUUAUCCCAUUCAUUAAGACUAGUUCAUACGAAAAUCUAGUUAGAAUAACUUCUUACGUUCUAAAAUACAUAUCCAUCCUCUGGCGGAAAGGCAGAAAAGGCGAGUCAACCGAGGAGAACAGCCAUAGGAUCAUCACCUUGAUGUCGGAAACGCAAACGAUCACUACAAGCGACAGGAAAGCAGCAGAAAUUCUUCUACUUCGCGAACACUACCGCGAAGAAGUGCUUCAACUGCAAGGUCGCAUAGUCCAGCGUCUCCAGGUGUCGAUGUGCGACGAUGGAAUUUACCGUGGAGAUCUUCGAAUGGCAAAUGCAGAGAUCUUGGAUACAGCCAAGAACCCAAUUCUACUUUUGCCGAACCAUCAGCUUACCAGACUGAUCGUCACGGACUUCCAUCAGAAGCUAUUCCACGCCGGAGUUUCACACCUCAUAUCCGAACUCAGAAAUCAUUACCUCAUUCCGAGGGUUCGGAGAGUGGUCAACGCUGUCAUCAGAAGAUGUGUAGUUUGCAGAAGACACCAAGGAAGAUCCUUCUCGUAUCCUCGCAUUCCUGACUUACCAAGCCAGAGAGUAGUCCGGAGUAGACCAUUCCAAAACACAGGUCUAGACUACUUCGGACCCCUCACAGUUCGCCAAGAAUUCGGACAGGACAAAAAAGUCUGGGUAUGUCUCUUCACAUGCAUGGCAACCCGUGCCCUGCAUCUCGAGGUUGUAGCCGAUAACUCAGCACCACAAUUCAUCCUAGCCUUUCGAAGGUUCAUAGCACGUAGAGGAAGCCCAACCUUGGUCUUAAGCGACAACGCGCCUACCUUCAAAAUAGGAAAGGAAAUUCUGGUGAACGAGCUACAAGCUGUGAGAGAAUACCCAGCAGUCCAGCAGUUCACCAAGAUAGAGGCCACACUUAACACAAGGCCAAUUACUCCAGUUACCACGGACUCAACGGAAGAUUCAUUUGUACUACGGCCAAUCGACCUCAUUAACCCCUAUUUCACACCUCCCAACUCAGGAGCAUUCAAUUCAAGUGACCGAUCAAUAAUCUCGGACUCACAUGAAGAAAUCAUCAAUUCGUAUGUACUACUACAGGACACCCUAAAUACAUUCUGGAACCAUUGGCAGAAGGAAUACCUUCAGAACCUUGCGGAAAGAAAUCAAAAAAGAUCAACUCUCAGACAAGGUGCCAAAGACAUGCCAAAAGUCGGUGAUGUAGUACUCAUCAAAACGGAGAAUACACAAAGGUCGCAAUGGCCACUAGGUCUCAUAAUACAAAUCAAUGAAUCAGUCGAUGGAUCAGUUCGAUCAGUAAGGAUAAAAACAGGAAAUAACAAAGUUCUCGAUCGAUCAGUCAAUCAGCUGAUCCCUCUGGAA